AUGUCGGGAGGAAGUGAGUUUCAGAGCUGGGGAGCAGAGCGGCUGAAGGCUCUGCUCCCCAUGGUGACAAGUCGAGCUGGGGGUACAGUGAGGUGGAUGGAGGAAGAGGAUCUAAGGGAGCGGGAGGAGGUGGCAAUACAGAGACAGAAGGACCUUGAUUAUGUGCAAGAGUACCAACCUCUCAGAGAAGACAUCAAGUAUCUGCGUGUUCUCUUGUAUGGACCUGUUGGAGCUGGAAAAUCCAGUGUCAUUAACUCUGUCAGUACUGUUCUUCGAGGCCGAAUAACGAUUCCUGCUUUAACCUGCAGUUUGACCUGCGAGAGAUAUUUCACCAAAAAAUAUGCAACUCAUAAAUUCAGUAAAGGACGGGGAAGUUCAAAGACAUUUUACCCUGUGGUUUUCAAUGACACCAGGGGUCUAGAAGAUGGGAACAACAGUGGAAUUCAUCCCGACAAUAUCAAGCUGGCUUUAAAAGGACACGUGAGGGAGGGCUACAAGUUCAACUCAGAAGGAAAACUGACUGAAGAUGAUUUUGGUUACAACCCCACACCCUCUGCUAGUGACAGAGUGCACGUUCUGGCCUGUGUUUUGUCAGCCAACACUCCACAAAUUAAUGCUUCAGUUCUGCAGAAGAUGAAGAAGGUCAGAGAAACGGCCAGUGAGCAGGGAAUUCCCCAAAUUGGUCUGAUGACCCAUAUUGAUUCUGCCUGUAAUGAAAUUAACAAAGACCUGAAGAAUGUGUACAGGAGCAAACACCUGUACAAAAAAAUGAAGGACUUUAGUUCAGCAGUGGGAAUUCCAUUGAACUGCAUCUUUCCUAUAAAGAACUACAGCGAUGAAAUUGAGAUGAACAAUGACAUUGAUAUUCUGAUCCUGAGUGCCCUGAGGAAAAUUAUUGACUUUGGAGAUGACUUCAUUCAGAAAUGUUAAACUGAACCUGACCUAGGAAAAACAAUGGUUUCUGACAUUUUUAAAACCUGUAAUUUCAAGAAAAAUAUUCCGAGGGCUAGAGCUAUUAUAAUAUAAUCAUGGAGCAUAUAGAAACAACUGCCAGCUACCUACA